UAAUUUCCGCAAAGGGACAUACUCGAGCAAAUGUACUGCUCUUAGCCCCUCGUAUUUUCUCAUUUGACAGCCUGAGGUGUCAAGGACGAAAACACUUUUCAGACCUCUGUAUUUUGCCCGUUGCCGGAGUUCCUGGCAUUUGUUUACGCAUUUCAAGGUGGAGAAAACAUUUCCAUUUCAAAUAGUCUCUACCCAAUGGCUGAGUCUCCUGCUAAGGCAGCAGCAGAUGAGCCAAAGGCAGCCGCUUCGCCAGCAGUCGAAGCCAAGUCACCUGAACCUAAGGCUGCCAAACCAAAGCCAAUGAAGGCGAAAUCGCCGGCGAAGCCAGCUGCUACGAAGGAGAAGAUUAAACACGACCACCCGAAAUACGUUGAGAUGGUGAAGGAAGCCAUAAUGGCAUUGAAGGAAAGAAAUGGUUCCAGCGUACAGGCGAUAUCCAAAUUUAUCGAGCAGCAGUAUCCGGACCUUCCUAGCAACUGGAAGAAGACGCUUGCUGUCCAAUUGAAGAACUUGACCAAGACUGGUAAGCUUGUGAAGGUGAAGGCUAGCUUCAAGCUUGGUGAGGAGCUGAAGAAGGAAAAGACUCCUACGGCGCCUGCAAAGGCCAAAGCAGUUCCGGUGAAAGUAGCAAAGCCAAAACCCGAGGCAAAGCCAAAGCAGAAGGCAGCAGCAAAGCCGAAACCCAAGGCUGCCAAACCUACGGCAGCUAAGAAGCCUGCUGCGAAAUCCCCUAAAACAAAGGUUGGAGAGAAGAAGUCGACUGGUGCGGCAAAGCCAAAGGCAGCCUCUCAGAAGGCGGCCACACCCAAGGCAGCCACGCCCAAAAAGGCCAAGGGUUCUCCUAAGAAGUCAGCGGCUAAGAAGGCUAAGCCAGCUGCUAAGAAAUGAGCCUUGCACAUUGUUUUUUUGUAUAGCUAGUGGUCUUGUAAUUUUGAGUGAAGGUAUGCGUGUUAGCCAAGCUGUAAAAUGAUCUUGUUGGAAAUAUCUCAAGGACU